CAUUCCAAAAUUCCACAGCUCAACUAAAAGAGACGGAGGACCAUAAACACUCCGGAAGCCAAUGAACUUGCCGCAAACAGAAUGAGUCUAGCAGAAGAUAACAAUUACUUGCAGGAUAAUUGGCCGGAGGAGGAUUUCAUGAGUUUGCUGAAGAUGGACGAUGCGAUGCUGUUCAGCGAACCACCCUCCAACACGGCCGGUGGUUCGGACGAGCUGGACGACAUUAUGCGCACCCUCAACUACAGCUACUCCAACGAGGCGUAUCUGGGCGAACAGCAGGUCACAUCGCCACUAUCGUCCCACUCGUCCUCGGAUCAGGAAUUUCACGGUUUCCCAAACACAACCGACGGUAGCAGCAGCAGUGCAUCGCUCGAUGGCUAUUUCGACGAAGGGUACGGUGUACGCAUGCAGGACUCGCCGCCUAUGAUUAAGCAGGAGCUGAUGAACGUCGACUUCGGGAUGGUCAAUGUGCUGGAACCGGGCAGUCCAACCGAACAAGGCGUACUCUCAUCGGCCGCUUCCGACAGUGGACUGUCAAGCGAUCAUCUUGAUCUAGACCCGAAUACAGAAUAUGAAGCACUUAGCCCCGGAAUGUCUUCACCCGGUCCGUCCAUCAGUGAACGUGGUGGACAGAAUUCGCCACCACGCUACAUGAAAUCGGUCCAAGUGAUGGCGGAAGUUCCCCAAAUGAUUCAGCAGGUUCAACAGCUUGGCACACAAUCGCUUCUGUCCCAAUCGGCCAGUGUUGCAGGUCAACGAACGAUCCAAACUAUUGCACCUGCUCGCGCGGCUGAGAAGAUGGUCGCUAAAACGAUCGUUACUAGUAUCAAUGCGCAACCAUCGCUGAAGACGACGUCCUCGGCUAACAAGCUAUCAACAGCAACCGUUUACCAACAACAGUCUACGGGAGUAAAACCGUUGAUCGGGGCUGCCGGGAAUGCUCCCAAGAGGAUUAUUGCGUCGACAAACAGCGGAACGAAUACUUCAAUUCCGCAACAACUCGUAACCAACGGCAAAGAGCUAAAGAUCAUCCGUAUGGCAACGAUGAAGAACGGUCAAACAGUUGCAGUUGCUAGCGGACUCACGACCACCACCACCAGCAGCAGUACUGCGACGGCAUCCAGCAACAAGAAAGUUACCCUCCAGCUAAAGAACUCCACCACGAACGUAAAGUCUACCGGGAUUAUUCCUAAGAAUGUGGUGCUUACAUCAAGCUCGUCGGCAGCGACCGGUGCCAAUCAUCAUGGUGCUGCUCCGGUUCGCAAAAUUAUCCGCAUGCAGCAGCAAACACAACAAAACGGACGGCAGAUACUGGUCCCGGUCACGAUCCAAGAUUUGCGCUCGAUCAAGAUCGUCAACUCGAACAACAUGAAGAACAAAUCGGCCAACAUUAAGCUGGCCGCAGCCAACAUGCUUCAACAGUCGAAGCAAGGGCUAAUACAGAAGAAUGUUGUGCUGAGCAAGGAUCAACUGCUCGUGGACGAUGGUCCAAUGUCGGACGCUGGACCAAGUUCCUCCGACUCGGAAAGUUACGUGUUUGAAGACAUUAUGCAGCAGAGCAGCUCGGUAAUAGCGGAGGUUGAGCGUCAGCAGCAACAGCAGCAGCAGAAGAAUCACCAUUAUCAUAACCUUCAUCAAAACAUUAUCAGCGAUUCGGACGUUGAACCGGAUGGUGAUGAUGAUGGUGAUGACGAUGAUGUCGAUAUGGAUGAGAUCGGUAAGGGUCGCAACCAGAACGGAACCUAUCAGAAAUUGAUGCUAACAGCGGAAGAGAAGCGAUUGCUGGCGAAGGAAGGCAUCUCGCUGCCGACCAGCUAUCCGCUGACGAAGCACGAGGAGCGAGAGUUGAAGCGCAUCCGAAGGAAAAUUCGCAACAAGAUUUCGGCUCAGGACUCGCGCAAGCGCAAGAAGGAGUAUGUGGAUGGGUUGGAAGAAAGAGUGAAACAGUGUACGGAAGAGAACCAAAAUUUGGUCAAACGAAUCAAGAUUCUGCAGAGCCAAAAUCACGACCUCGUUAGCCAGAUGAAGCGCAUCCAAUCCCUUCUAACUAAGGGCACCAGCAAGACAACACAACCGGCCACCUGUUUGAUGGUGCUGCUGAUCAGUAUGGCUCUCGUGGCCGUCCCGAACCUGAAGCUAGGCAACACAGCCACCCAGCAAAACAUUCAGGACUCGAUCGAGAUGUCCGAGCUGAUGCAGGAACCAGCCAACGAUAAGCUGCAGCACGUGCAGCAGAGUCGCCGUGCUUUACUGUUCGACACCAAGGAAGGUACACCGGCGGCUAACAAUGCCAUCACAGGCGAGGAAGAGCUAAACUUUGACGAGCUGAUGUCUUCGUUCAAUGCGAACGCGUUGAUCGCGAACGAGCACGAUUACUUCAGCGAGGGCAAUGAGCCACCUUCAGCGAAACGGUCCAAGCUGAUGAGCCCAACACUGAUCGAUUACGAUGUGGAUGAUGAGGUGUGGAACGGUGGCAACAAGAUUCGCAUCAAGCAGGAGGCGGGCUCAAUGUCACCGGACAGUAGUAGCAGCACCACAGCGGGCGGCAACGAGCUGUUCGAGCAGAAAGUGCGCGAGUUUCAGGCAUCGUUGGAGAAGACCGUUAACAGUGCGUCGCCCCAGGUGAUAGUGGAUCGUGAGCUGUUUGAGUUGGUCGGUAAGCAGGACACUAACGACGGGUUGUACGACCUGAGUCUGCUCGAUACGUUCUCCACUGGUAGCAAGGGUGGGAUCGGAAUGAAUGACGCCGCCACGGGAAUCGAUUUGCUCGCCGUACGUGCCGAACGUCCGUCUGUGGUGAGUGCCGAUUCGACGGCGGACGAUGCGAACGAUGCGCGGAAGUUGAACGCUUCCCAGCAGAUUCAGCAGCAAAACAACAAGCGUAAACUGCUGCUCUAA